CUUCAUUCCCUGGGUGCGCUGUGCUGCACGUUGAGUGAUUUGCUAGGGCCUGCGAACACCGCUGUUUAAACGGGUCUGAUCGGUGCUCUCAGCAGGCGCCAUUGGCACCUGCAGCAGCCGCUGCAGCCAGUUGUGAUGAUGGAGGUGGAGGUUGCCGGGCUGGAGGCCCCGCCACAGCUCAAAGGCACGUACGACGAGCUGCUGGCGGCACCGGCCAGCGACGAUGCGGCGGCUCCCACCGGCACCGUUGUGCGCAUGGCGGCGUCCUUCACGCCCAAGGACAACCGCUUCCUGCUGAAGAACCGCGACUACGACCGCCAAUACUCGCAGCUGUACUACUACCGCCUGGAGCAGAUGCGCAAGCACGCGGAAGAGGCCGCGCAACGUGCCUGGCCCGGCAUCCAAGUGGUGCACAUCCUGUCUGUGCCCGAGGAGGGCGAGGUGGCCAUCGCGGGCACGCUGUACAAGGAGAUGGCGCUGAAGCCCAGCAUCCUGGAUGAGUACGUCAAGGACCGAACCAUGAGCCAGCAGCUGGGCCGCGCGCGCUUCACGCAGCCAGACGACAGGCUGAUCCUUGAGGAUGAGGGCGCUCGCCUGGCGCUGUGCGGCGACAAGCUGCCAGUGGGGGAGUGCGUGACGGGCGUGGUGGCAGCUGUGCGCGGUCAUGUGCUGCCCAACGGCGAUUUUGAGGCCUUGGACUUGUGCUAUGCGGGGCUGCCACCACAGGCGCCGCUGCCAGCGGUGGGCGAGGACAAGUAUGUGGCGCUUGUGUCGGGGCUGGGCGUGGGUGACGGCGAGAGCAGCCCGCUGCGCCUGGAGCUUCUUGUUGACUACCUGAGCGGGCUGCUGGGCGGGGAGCAGGAGCGGGGGCAGGUGGUGGGGCGCAUCGCUCGUGUCGUGGUGGCAGGCGGCCUGCUGAAGAGCAACGCCGACUUGAGCCAGCCCACCGCCUACAGCAGCGUGCGGCAGCAGGCGGCGGCGCUGGGGCCUGUGAGGGAUGUGGACAUGGCGCUGACGGAGCUGGCCGCUGCGGUGCCACUGGGCAUCAUGCCGGGUGCGGGCGACCCAGCCAACUACACGCUGCCCCAGCAGCCGCUGCACCGCUGCAUGUUCCCGGGCGCCGCCGCCUACUCCACGCUGCACCGCGCCACCAACCCUCACGAGUUUGAGCUGGAUGGCGUCACCUUCCUGGGCACCUCGGGGCAGAAUGUGGACGACGUGUGCAGGUACUCUGAGCUGGAGGACCGCGUGACCAUCCUGGAGAAGCUGCUGCGGUGGCGCCACCUGGCGCCCACCGCCCCCGACACCCUGGCCGCAUACCCCUACUUCAACAACGACCCGUUCAUCCUGCGUUCCACCCCCCACGUGCUGUUUGCGGGCGGGCAGCCGCAGUUUGGGACGGCGCUGGUGGAGGAGGAGGCGGGCGGCGCGGCGUGCCGCGUCGUGGCGGUGCCCAACUUCUGCACCACCGGCUGCGUGGUGCUGGUCAACCUGGCCACCCUGUAUUGCCAGCCCAUUUACUUUGACGCCUUGCAAGACUGAGCACUGUU